AUGAUCAAGAGGAAUGUAUUUAUUUUUANAGAAGUCCCAGAAGAAAUUCGCUCUGGUGGUAACCUCAUCGAUGAAAUCUUCGGACCAUGCCUCAGAAGUGGGAACUACGAAGCAAUGAAGAAUCGCGCUAUUCUUGCACCAUUGAACGACGAUAAGGACAAGAUCAACGAGCAGAUUAUCGCUAUGCUUCCAGGCGAAGAGAAGACAUACACAAGUUUCGACUCGGUAAAGGAUCAACAUGAAGGGGGAAUUCAAUUCGCGCCUGAAUUCCUGAACUCGAUCAACAUCGCCGACUUGCCUCCACACAAUCUGAAGCUCAAGAAGAACGCCAUCAUCAUGCUUCUCCGAAACUUGGACGUCUCUGAAGGAAUGUGCAACGGAACACGAUUGAUUGUCACCGAACUUUGCAACAACAUCAUCAAGGCUAAGAUCAUCACCGGUGAACACGCAGGCCGACAAGUACACCUUCCAAGGAUCACGCUCGACUCCAGCAAAUCACAGCUUGGCGCAACUAUGCAACGGCACCAAUUCCCAGUUACUCCAGCAUUCGCCAUUACGAUACACAAGUCACAAGGCCAAACAUUCGAAUUCGUCGGCGUGCUUCUCCUCACGACGGUCUUCGUGCACGGAAUGCUCUACGUCGCGUUUUCAAGAGUCAAGCGUCAAAGUGCGUUGAAGGUCCUGCUGCCUCCUGAGAAUCCAACCCACACCCGAAACGUCGUAUGGAAGGAAGUCCUGAACAAGAGAAACUCACCAGCCGCACCUGCCUCUCCGACAAGAAACUACCUGGACAACAUGGAAGACUUCGCAAUCGAUGAUUAA